AUGUUGACCACACUGCUACAGGCACCUGGGUCCCUGAGUUAUGUGUCGAGGAUGUUGACCACACUGCUACAGGCACCUGGGUCCCUGAGUUGUGAGCCGAGGAUGUUGACCACACUGCUACAGGCACCUGGGUCCCUGAGUUGUGAGCCGAGGAUGUUGACCACACUGCUACAGGCACCUGGGUCCCUGAGUUGUGAGCCGAGGAUGUUGACCACACUGCUACAGGCACCUGGGUCCCUGAGUUAUGUGUCGAGGAUGUUGACCACACUGCUACAGGCACCUGGGUCCCUGAGUUAUGUGUCGAGGAUGUUGACCACACUGCUACAGGCACCUGGGUCCCUGAGUUGUGAGCCGAGGAUGUUGACCACACUGCUACAGGCACCUGGGUCCCUGAGUUAUGUGUCGAGGAUGUUGACCACACUGCUACAGGCACCUGGGUCCCUGAGUUAUGUGUCGAGGAUGUUGACCACACUGCUACAGGCACCUGGGUCCCUGAGUUGUGAGCCGAGGAUGUUGACCACACUGCUACAGGCACCUGGGUCCCUGAGUUAUGUGUCGAGGAUGUUGACCACACUGCUACAGGCACCUGGGUCCCUGAGUUCCAGGCGAGGGUGGCUUAAUCUUCAUCAAUCGGGGUUCAGUACAGCCGCUGAUAGAUAUACACCUCAGAUCUUCAACGCCACCGACCUUCACCAGCAACAUUCACCUCAGAUCUUCAACGCCACCGACCUUCACCAGCAACAUUCACCUCAGAUCUUCAACGCCACCGACCUUCACCAGCAACAUUCACCUCAGAUCUUCAAUGCCACCGACCUUCACCAGCAACAUUCACCUCAGAUCUUCAAUGCCACCGACCUUCACCAGCAACAUUCACCUCAGAUCUUCAACGCCACCGACCUUCACCAGCAACAUUCACCUCAGAUCUUCAAUGCCACCGACCUUCACCAGCAACAUUCACCUCAGAUCUUCAAUGCCACCGACCUUCACCAACAACAUUCACCUCAGAUCUUCAAUGCCACCAACCUUCACCAGCAACAUUCACCUCAGAUCUUCAAUGCCACCGACCUUCACCAGCAACAUUCACCUCAGAUCUUCAACGCCACCGACCUUCACCAGCAACAUUCACCUCAGAUCUUCAAUGCCACCGACCUUCACCAGCAACAUUCACCUCAGAUCUUCAACGCCACCGACCUUCACCAGCAACAUUCACCUCAGAUCUUCAACGCCACCGACCUUCACCAGCAACAUUCACCUCAGAUCUUCAAUGCCACCGACCUUCACCAGCAACAUUCACCUCAGAUCUUCAACGCCACCGACCUUAACCAGCAACAUUCACCUCAGAUCUUCAAUGCCACCGACCUUCACCAGCAACAUUCACCUCAGAUCUUCAAUGCCACCGACCUUCACCAGCAACAUUCACCUCAGAUCUUCAAUGCCACCGACCUUCACCAGCAACAUUCACCUCAGAUCUUCAAUGCCACCGACCUUCACCAGCAACAUUCACCUCAGAUCUUCAACGCCACCGACCUUCACCAGCAACAUUCACCUCAGAUCUUCAAUGCCACCGACCUUCACCAGCAACAUUCACCUCAGAUCUUCAAUGCCACCGACCUUCACCAGCAACAUUCACCUCAGAUCUUCAAUGCCACCGACCUUCACCAGCAACAUUCACCUCAGAUCUUCAAUGCCACCGACCUUCACCAGCAACAUUCACCUCAGAUCUUCAACGCCACCGACCUUCACCAGCAACAUUCACCUCAGAUCUUCAAUGCCACCGACCUUCACCAGCAACAUUCACCUCAGAUCUUCAAUGCCACCGACCUUCACCAGCAACAUUCACCUCAGAUCUUCAAUGCCACCGACCUUCACCAGCAACAUUCACCUCAGAUCUUCAAUGCCACCGACCUUCACCAGCAACAUUCACCUCAGAUCUUCAAUGCCACCGACCUUCACCAGCAACAUUCACCUCAGAUCUUCAACGCCACCGACCUUCACCAGCAACAUUCACCUCAGAUCUUCAAUGCCACCGACCUUCACCAGCAACAUUCACCUCAGAUCUUCAAUGCCACCGACCUUCACCAGCAACAUUCACCUCAGAUCUUCAACGCCACCGACCUUCACCAGCAACAUUCACCUCAGAUCUUCAAUGCCACCGACCUUCACCAGCAACAUUCACCUCAGAUCUUCAACGCCACCGACCUUCACCAGCAACAUUCACCUCAGAUCUUCAACGCCACCGACCUUCACCAGCAACAUUCACCUCAGAUCUUCAAUGCCACCGACCUUCACCAGCAACAUUCACCUCAGAUCUUCAAUGCCACCGACCUUCACCAGCAACAUUCACCUCAGAUCUUCAAUGCCACCGACCUUCACCAGCAACAUUCACCUCAGAUCUUCAACGCCACCGACCUUCACCAGCAACAUUCACCUCAGAUCUUCAACGCCACCGACCUUCACCAGCAACAUUCACCUCAGAUCUUCAACGCCACCGACCUUCACCAGCAGCAAUGUAACAAUCGUCAAGUAUGGUUCCUGCUCUCACCAGAUGCUUCAGCCUCACCACAAAGCAGACAGCCAGAUUCUGACCAUAUGUGA